GUUCUUCACGAUGGUCGGUUGGUAGUUAUGUCAGUAACUGACAAAAUAUUAAAAACGAUAAUGAAAUGAAACAUCUUUGCAAAGGGUGCGAGGUGUAAAACUGCGGUAGGGUUUUUGGAGUGUGAGCUUGAGUGAGCGUUUAAAUCGCAGGCGUUAGAUAUUGAUUUUGAUGCAUCCUAAGUACGUCUCAUUAACACUAAUAUUAACAGAAGCAGCUGCUGUUUCACACCCCAAAUUUUUGUUAUAGAACAAAGUAAAAACGAGAUCGAAUGGAGCACAUUUAAUAACGGCUUUGUCCCGCGGAGCCUCGCGUUCGGGCUCGGCCGUUUUGCUGUGGGCAAUCAGGCGCUCGGACAAGAAUUAUUGACAUUUGCCCCACACGCGCUCCCCCUCAGAGCUGGAUAAUUAGCACCAUGCGGGUGAGCUGGGGAAGGAGAGAUAUAAUAAAGAAAGCGCAAUGAUCUUCAGCCCUGUCCUUCUGUGGGUCCUGCGAGAGAGAAAGCAGCACAUCUGCAGCACUAACUACAUGUGGCGGAAAGACCACAGAUUGAUUAUCCUAAUGAGCUACUUCAAAUAUAUUUUGAUUUUUAUGCAGUUUCCCGGAUACUGAAGACUUUUUGUUGUGAUGGAUGGCAUUUUGUUGACAGUUGUAUAAAAUGGAUACGGUUGGCUCUGCCUCCCCACUGGGACAAUGACGUCUGCGGUUCACAGCAAGAGCCCCAUCCAGAGACCGCAGCACCGCCAGGUGACUCCCCACAAGGACUGCAGCCCCGGUCCGGGAGCGGAGCCGAAACACGAGGCCUCAGGCGAAGCUCCGGGGCGGGAGGGCUCGGUCCGAAGCGUCCCUCACUCCGCGUUCCCCGAGAUCGCCCCCUGGGACCGGCAUGCUGGAGCAGGAGUGGCCGCGGAACAGCUUUCCCCAGGGAAACAGCAGCUGAUGGAGAAGUUCUUCACCCCGGUGCAGCAGUGCCCCAAGGUGGACCCCCACCAUCAGCACCACCACCACCAGACCCACCAUUAUCAGCACCAUCAGCAUCACCCCCACUCGCACCACUCCCAGCACAACCAUCACGACGCUCGCCGCCACCACGCCCAGCACCACCAACACCACCAGGGGCCGCAGUGGGCGGAAGAGAAAGACGAUCAUGGUUAUGCCACACCGCGAGGCAACGCCAGUGGCCACCACCACCAUCACCACCACAGUCACCACAGUGCAGAGUACCACCACGAACAGUCCCCUCAUCCACGCUGCGGUCAUCAGCACCAUCAUCGUCAUCGUUGCCAGCAUCAUCACGGAGCUGAUGUGACCACUCAUGCCUGCACACAUACCCCUUGUCACACAUCUGCCCCAACUUCAUCCUCCUCAACCUCCUCUUCUUCAUCCUCCUCCAGUUCCUCAUCCUCUUCAUCUUCAUCUUCCUCUACUUCCUCUUCUUCCUCCACGUGGUCCUCUGAGGCGAGCAUCGACAAUGGGAAUUUUCUCAUGGAGAGGAAACCCGGCCUCCGCCGUCCACAGCACUCGCAGUCCUGCACUGACAUCUCCAGGGGCAGGUUGUUUGAGGAGGAAGAUGAGGAAGAUACACAGCCCUUGCUUGAGGAUGACAAUCAUCUCUAUAAGUCUGUCAGCCUCGAACGGAACUCGGCCCUUCGUGAUGAUGAGGAUGGCCAGAAGAGCUCUAAAAAAGCCACGAAGGCUCUGUCAUCAAAUGUGAUUCCUGCCAAGGGCAUCCUGAAGAAUGGGCAAGGUCAUGGUGGAUUGGCAGCAAAAGCAGGCAACUUCCGCAAAGCAAAAUCCAUGGAGGCACUCUCUCGUCAAGAGGAGAGGGUAGGAGCAGAGUCUGGGACUUGGGGCAGAGGAACAGGAAAGUCUAAGAUGGAUGAGAAGGACCUGCUGAAGAAAAGGGAGGAGGCCAGGCAGAACUUUGUCAAGGAGAAGCUGCAGUUCUCUGCCUUUCUGAAUGAGAUAACCAGACAGGUUCUCAGCCCCUCACGCCUCAGUUCCUUGGGAGUUACGAAUACUAGCAGGCCAUGCAGCCCUGGUCAGACCUCCUUGAUGUCUCCGAGAGAGGAACGUCGAAGUGCUGGGAAGAAUCUAGAGGAUGGGAAGACAAGGCAGUCACAGAAGCAGCUUGACAGCCCCGACUCUGCUGGGUCCGGUGUCCACUCUGACUGCAGCAAGAAAUCCCAGCCCAGUAAGCACCAGUCCCACCACCACCGUCACCACCACUCAACCUGCAGCACCACCCAGAACCUUCGCCAUCACCCAGGACUCCACUUGCCGGACAGUCAUACUGACACCAGCACCAGUCCCGAGAACAGCCCCUGCUUGGGUCAGGUGCAGGGCAACCGAGUGGCAAAGCAGCAACAAGCAGGGUCCGCCAGUAGAUUGACAGAUGGGACAAGCACUAGCCCAGAACUGAGCCCACGCCUGCCAAGGCACCACCCUCAUCAUCCCCAUCAUCACCUCCAUCAUUCAAAUCAUCCCCACACGCAUCCACAUCAUCACUACCACCACCACCACCACCACCAUGAAAGCUCACCUCAGCACCUUUGCCACCAAAGCUCAACUCAACACCCCCUUCACGACAGCUUACCUCAACAUCCUCACCAUGAAAGCUCACCUCAACACCCCCACCACAGCCCAUCUCAACACCCUCACCACCAAAGCUCACCUCAAAACCUGCACCAUGAAAGCUCACCUCUACACCCCUACCAUCAGUGCUCCCCUCAACAUCCCCACCAUGAAAGCUCACAUCAGCACCCCCAACACCUAUGCUCUCCUCAACUUCCCCACCCCCCUAUACAAGCUCAACAUCCUGCCAGCCACAAGGCCACCCCUCCAGUGGCCCAGGAGCAAAAGUCACAUUCCUACAGGUCUGAUUCAUCCCAGAACACCAGCAACCCUAAUUUGGAGGAGAAUCAGGAAAAAAUGUCAGACGUAGACAGAAUUCGCUUUCUGCAGGAUCAGAACCAGGAUCUGCACCAUAGCCUUCUGCAGACGGCUGUGCGCAUGGAGUGCAUGGGCGCCGAGUUUAAGAGUAACCACCAACAGCUGGAGGCGGAGCUUCAGAGGACCCGCGUGGAGCUGAGCAGCCUUAAGGACAAGUUCAAAAGGCUCCAAGAAAAUUACUCCAGUACUCAGCAGACGAACCAUCUACUGGAGCAGAAGCUUCAUUCUGUGGCUCAGAACAUGGAUGGAGAACGCGAGCAUUUAAACCAACGCAUCUCCGAGCUCACGGAGCAGCUAUCCACUGCAAAGACGACCAUCCAGACCCUGGAGAAUAUUAACGUUCCUUCUCUGUUGCAGGAAGCACUGGAAAAACACUUCCAGUCUGAAGAGGCUGUCAAUCAGUUCCUUCUCCAAGUGGCACCCCCUCCUGCUCAGUUCAUGGACGGUGAGCAAUUCGACAAAGUUCCCAUCGUUGAGGAUGUCCAGGUGUUGGGCCCUGUCAUGGAGGAGGAGGAGUCUGACUGGUCAGAAGCUGGAGAGGAGGUGCAGUCAUGUGGGCUAAGGGGUCCAGGAAGAGGUCAGCACAACGUUACAGCCUUUCUGCCGUGGAAGCAAGACCAGAGUCGUUGGAUAGGGAUGGAGCGAGACCGUAAGCGAGAGAGAGAUACCGAGAGCGAGUCAGGGGGCGAGGAAGCCAUCGGACGACCAUCUCCUCGCCCCUUGCAGAUCCCUCACCUCCAGUUCUCCAUGCACCCUGAAACUUUGCCCGUCCCCAUUGCUGACGUCAGCCUCACCCGCUUCAAAAGUGUCUCGGACAGGCCGGUGGGGGAGGGACGCGGGGUCACCGCCACGAGAAAGCUGGGAUCCCCGAUCCGCAUCCUGUCUGCCAGCCUGGAGGAGAUCCACACCACAAGCAAGCACCAGCAGCAGCGUCUCCAGGACCAGCCUGCCCCGGCCACCCUCAAGUGCACCGAAGCGCUGCUGGAUCUCCACCGGGCAGAGGGGGGGGUACUCGAAGACUCGGAUGAAGAUGAAAUCCUUUCCGCUUGGAAGAUGGCGUCCAACAAAGGGUCAAUCGGUGUGGGAACUGGGGACACUUUUGAGUCGAGCACCACCUUGGUCAGCUACCAGUCAGCCACACGGAUGCUGAAUCACUUCAUAUGUGAGCUCCAUCCUGCAGAGAUAGAGGGCCAGGGAAGGGUGGAGAUCCAGGGCUGGGCUGGGGGAGUGACGGAGGACAUGCUCAAUGGGGAGAGAACCCAACUCUAAUGCCUCACGCCUCAUAGAACAAUGAUCCAUGGCAUAGAUACCUUAAGUAGUUUUCUUCCUUCUCACGUCACGGUAGACAUGCUGUCAAGUUGUGUGGUUAUGUCAACAACUUCAGCACCUUCAAGAUGUCUCGGCAUCUUUCCAUAGACACAAUGAGCUAAGCUUCACAAUCUAAUCGGAAUAACCGUAAAUUUGAUCCUGAUACGUAAGAUUAAGAACCGUAAUCGUUAAAGCCAAGAGAAAUAGAUAGUUUCACUCUUUUUUAACGAUUUUCCCAUCUUGACCCGCAUUACCGAAAUAAAACGAUACUCUGCAUGUAAACAAGAAACCAAAGACUAAAGGUGUGUACAUAGCUUUGACUCACUGAAGAAUUUAAGCGUGAUCGUUCACUGUUCUGUCCUUCACGGCACGAGUUUAAAGGUGUUACUGAACUCGUCUUUAAAACUGAGUGCUGGAAUUGCAUCCAUUAGGUGUUUACCUAUCCUAUUCAUCACCAGAUGCCUUUUGAGGCCACAGAAUAUAAAUCGGUUUUUGAUUGUGGGUCCCAUUAUUAAUUGUACGUGAGAUCCGUUAUGACCUCUCGCCUGUUUUUCUUCAUAGCUCUGAAAAGUUUUCUUUAAUAGCGGGUAGAUAGGUAUUAAAUUAAAUUAUGGAUAAACUACAAAAUGUAGCAGUGGAAUUAUGUUUAAGACACCACAGUUACUUUUCCAUCCCGUGCUUUAGCUGCCAAUGCAUCACGUGAACAUUUUUGACGUAGAAAAAUGCACAGUACUACACUUUUAGCAUUUACACAUUCGCAGACCCUCACAAACCUCCUUUCUUGACUCCAGUAAAUGGGAAGUGUCACUGAAGGGGUUGUCUUUAUUCUCAGAAUAAGCAAUUAAGAUUCCUACGAGUUAAGGUUCAUAUUCCAUCUAGCAAUGAGCAAGACCUGGGAAAUAUGCUGAUGGAGUUGUUUGCCUUUGGGGGUUUGAUAAUGAAAGCAAAUAAGUGUAAGCUCACUGCAGAUGCCUUUGUCCUUUUGCUACUUGUUUUUCCAUCUACCUCAAUUCACCAUCCAAAAAUGAAUAAAAUAAAGUAAAAACAGGGAGCUGCUGCCAAUAUUUAUGGCAGGAGAAACUCGAAUGCAAUCAGCAGAAGUAACCUUGAUACUGAAGGCCAACUCAGAAACCUUGCAUCAACAACUGUAAUUUCCUCUUAUUAUUCUUAACAGUGUUAUACCUCCAUCCUUAUCAGCUCUUUUAGCUCUGAUAUAUAGACUCAGUGUUGGGUUUGCUUUGCACUGAUGCAUUUUUUGAUGCAGCCGCCCCCAGUAACUGCCGGUGCCCUGAGAAAUGAUUCCUGGCAAUUCUGUGCCAUGUUUGUUUGUUAAAUAUUUAGGAAUAACAUUUUAGAUAUGUAGUUAAAUAUAUGGGUUAUCCUUUCCUCAUUGAACUGUAAUUAAAAACAUUUGUUUCCAUGCUAGCAGAUUGGCUGAAUUAUUUUCAUUAGUUUUCUGUGAUUUCCAUAUGACGGUCUUCUUAGUUCCACCGAAAGAUUUUCAUAUUCCCAACAUACUUCAAAAAAAAAUGCAGGACGUCGUCGGCAGGAAGUGCUGCGAUUUCGUGUGGAUCUAUCAGUCAUUCGCUUUUGCUGCCAUUUUUUCUCUAUGAUGGAUGGAUGAAAGUACUGAUUGUAAACUGUAAAGCAGGACAGGGGUGUUGUAAUGACAUCAUAGUCAUCUAUGAAUAAAAACAUCAUCAACACCCCAGAACCACAGAUUGCUGAAAGAGAAAAGACCAGUUCCCAUUGUAACAUCUGAAACCCAGGAAUGAAGAGUGCUGCUGUUCAUUCAUUCAUUCAUUCAUUCAUUCAUUUAACGAACUAUAAUUGAUCAGUAGUGCCUGAUGUUUUACUGUGUGCACUGUAGCAGGAUUGUAUUGCUCUGUUUGCUGAUACACUCUGUGACCUGUACAACAUGCCACCUGUUGUCAGCCUGUCAGUGCGACACUGUCUGUUAUUGAGACGUACCACCUGUGGUCCUCAGCUUACCGUGUAUUGAUCCAUCAAUAAAGUGAACG